UCAAAGAGUCACACCAAAAGCAAUGUAAAAAGCAUCAAUUAUGGGACUUUAAAGUUCAAAGCGUUGCUGGACACACCAAAAGCAAGCCACCUUUAAAGGCUUCUCUUGCUUGCAUUCACCCUCUUCCUAAUUUGUCAUUCACUUUCCUGAGUUAUAUUGCAAUAUUUUCACAGUUUUCUUUCUCCUCCUUUCAGAUCUUUACAACAGUUUGCUCAUAAAUCUUGAUGGCUCUUGUGACCUGUGAAGGAGCCUCAUCUUCUUCUUUCACCCACCAACCCAAGAAAUUUGAUGUCUUCUUGAGUUUCAGAGGUGAAGAUACUCGUCUUGGUUUUAUAGGCUAUUUGUGUAAUGCUUUGUGUCAACGGGGUAUUAACACCUUUAUUGAUGAUAACCUUCAAAGAGGAGAAGAAAUUUCUGUAGGACUUCUCAAAGUUAUUGAAAGUUCAAGGAUUUCAAUAAUUGUAUUCUCAGAAAACUAUGCAUCCUCCAAAUGGUGCUUGGAUGAACUUGCUAAGAUUGUUGAGUGUAGGAAAAAAGACCAAUUAGUGCUACCGGUUUUUUACAACAUAGAUCCAUCAGAAGUUCGUAACCAAAAAGGAAAGUUUGGAGAAGCACUAUCUAAACAUGAAGAAAAAUUAAAGGAUUACAAGGUGCAGAGCUGGAGGGAAGCUUUAUUUGAAGCUGCAAAUAUAUCUGGUUGGCAUUACAAGCAUAAUUGCAACGAGUUUCAAUUUAUCCAAGGAAUUGUUGAAGAGAUCUCAAAUUCUAUAUUAAAUUGCACGCCGUUAUUUGUUGCACGAUACCCAGUUGGAAUAAAUUAUCGUGUAAAGACCAUACUUUCAGAUAUUGAAUCAAAUGAUGGUCAUAUAAUAGGUAUCUAUGGCCUUGGUGGAAUUGGUAAGACAACAAUCGCAAAAGCUAUUUUUAAUAGAAUUUGUGAUCAUUUUGAUGGAUUUUGUUAUCUAGAAAAUUUAAGGGAAAGAUUGGGGACAAAUGCUGGUGUAGUCGAAUUACAAGAGACACUUCUUUUUGAGAUCUUAAGGAAUACAAAUUUAAAGGUGGGUAACAAAUCUAGAGGAAUCAAUAUGAUAAAGGAAAGACUUUCAUUUAUGAGGAUCCUUUUAGUUCUUGAUGAUGUGGAUAAACAGAUCCAAGUAGAAAAUUUGCUUGGAAGAUGUGAUUGGUUUGCUUCUGGAAGCAAAAUCAUUAUAACAACAAGAGACAAACACUUAUUAGCUACUCUUGGAAAAUGUUGUUCAACCUACGAGGUUAAGGGAUUAGAUCAAGAAGAAGCUCUGGAACUCCUUAGUAUGCAUGCCUUCCAAAGCAAGAAACCUAAAGAAGAUUAUUUGGAACUUGCAAAUAGAGUUAUACAAUAUGCUAGGGGACUCCCAUUAGCUCUAGUAAUAGUGGGUGCUGAUUUGAAUGGAAGAACUAAACCUCAGUGGAGAAGUGCAGUAGAUAAGUAUGAAAGAAUUCCUAAUGAAGAAAUUCAAAAAAUUCUUGAAAUAAGCUAUGAAGGAUUGGAUGAAACUGAAAAAGAUAUUUUCCUUGAUAUCGCAUGCUUCUUUAAGGGAUUUUUUAAGGAGUAUGUCAUGGAUAUAUUGAAUGCUUGCGAUUUACAUCCAAUUUAUGGAAUUCAAAAACUUUUCGAUAAGUGCCUAAUAACUGUUGAUCAAUAUGAUAGAUUGUUGAUGCAUGACUUGCUCCAACAAAUGAGUAGGGACAUUAUUCGACGGGAAUCGCCACGAAUGCCCGGAGAGCGUAGUAGGCUAUGGUGUUAUGAGGAUGUUCAUAAAGUACUAACACAAAAUAAGGGAUCAGAAAAAAUUCGAGGCAUAAGGAUAUGCUCACCUGAACCAUCAAAGAUGAAAUUAGAACCUAAAUGUCUUGAAAAGAUGAAAAAUCUCAAGUUCCUCAUAGUUAGUAAUGUAGAUAUUUGUAGAGGUCUCAAAUAUCUUCCUAACAAAUUAAGGGUUCUUGAUUGGUCCGGAUUUCCUUUAUCUUCCUUACCACCUAAUUUUGAUCCUCAAAAUCUCAUUACACUGAACAUGCCAGAAAGUCGAGUUACAUUGGACAAGCUUUUCAAGAGGAUACAAUGCAAAAACUUGACAUAUAUGAAUUUCAAUUCCAAUCAAUACAUUAGGGAAUUACCCGACUUAUUGAGUGCCACCCCAAACAUAAAGAAAUUGGAUCUCCAAAAUUGUGAAAAAUUAGUCAAGAUUCAUGACUCUAUUGGAUAUCUUGAUAAGCUUGAAAGCUGGGACCUCUGGAAUUGCAUUGAACUUCAAAUUCUUCCAAGUUGUAUCGCGAUGAAAUCUCUUAAAUAUUUAAAUCUUAUUUAUUGCAAAAGGGUUAAGAGUUUCCCUGAUAUUCCACAAGAAAUGGAAAAUUUAAAGUUUCUAAGUCUGGGACACACUGCCAUUAGAGAGCUUCCUCCAUCAAUUGGGAAUCUCACUAGGCUUGAGCGAUUAGAGAUAGGUUCCAAUUUCUAUUUGUGUCAUCUUCCAAGUAGCAUUUAUAAAUUGCAACAUCUUCGCAAACUCUUUCUUUAUGGUAAUGUCAAAUUUCCAAAGGGCGUGGUGAUUGGUAGACAAGCAACGUGCAAUUCUUACAGUGGCUUUUCAAAAUAUUGUUUUCCAAAGUUGAAUUUUCUAAAAAAGUUGACUUCUUGCUUCACCCACUCAGAGAAAUGUUUAUUAUCAAGGAGCAAAGAUUUAAACCUCAGAGAAAGCAUUAUCAGAUUUAAUAGAUUAAAUUCGCUUCUAAUUCUGGAUUCCAAGUUCCUUAAGAAAAUUCCAAAGCUUCCAGAAAGUAUAAGAGAAGUAGAUGUAACAAAUUGCAUCUCGUUGAAUUCAGAAUCAUUAAGAAAAUUAAUCCUUCAGUUUGGAAGAAAUUUAGGGCUUUCACCAAAUAUGAAAUGUUCAGGUGUGAAACACAAAUUAUUAAUGGAUUCGCAUUCACAUCGCAAAUUAUUGAAUCAGAUUGAUUGCUCUUCCCGGGUCUCCCUCUCCAAGUUUAGCACUAUUCAAGAGGAGUCCAUUCCCACUCUAGAUGCGUAUCUGUGUGAUCUUGGAGAGAGAUAUGAUAUUAGAGUACCAGGAAAGAAGAUUCCGAAUUGGAUCAAUCAUCAAAGCAUUAAAAGUUCCAUAUCAUUCUGGGUUGGUCCUGAGUUUCCAUCAAUUGUUGUUUGUGUUGCUCUUCAUCUAAUUCCGUUGAAGGACAAUUACGCUAAUAUAAUCGAUAAGUGUGGUUCUAUUCGUGAUGAUAUAAUCUAUUGCGUUUGUGAUAUCCACAUUUUUACCGAUAGUCGUAAGCGACGUCGCAUUGUUAGGACACAUUUAUAUGGAUUGAAGUGUGAUCAUCUAUGGUUUUACGGUGCACCUCACAACCGAUUACAGAUGGAUUUUGGAGAUUUGAUGCAAGGUGAUCGGAAUCAUGUUGAGAUUUCAUGUAAAAUCACUCAUUGGGUAAGUAGAAAUGGAAAAUACGCUCCUGUGAUUACAAGGUUGGGAGUACAUGUGGAAUGCAUUUGUCCUCCUCAGAAUUCCAUUAUCAUCCAAUGCAAUUCUCAAAAUGUUGAUGAGGACACAAAGCUGCUCACACCUUUACUAUCUCAAAAUGGUUCAACAGACGGACUUAGACGUAGGAGACCCUUCAAGCUCCUCUAGUCCCUGAUAACAUUUGAUUCAAGGCGUCCAGUGGAUAUAGCAAAUGGGCUCGGCUUAUGUUUGGGUAUUGACUCAACAAAUGGUAAUGGGUUUGAUUUGGGUUAUUCUUCAAUAGCCAAUCCCUUUAUAAAAAGAUGACUCCAUAUUCAAUCUAUAUCCAUCGUCAACGAAACCAAGUUCGAUGCGAAGAAAUAUGCCCAGGGGAUGUUGAGUAGUGGAGGAAUUAGAACGUUCAAUUGUCUGUAUUCUUGACGCUAAUGCAAAGGAAAAAAGAAGGUUCUUCUUUGACAAGGACAAGAUGGAAAAAGAUCAAAUAUGAUUUUCUGGAUCAAAAGCACAAAAACAUAGGGUAAUUGUUGUCUUCUAUGACAACCUCAACCACCCCUCUCCCUCUUCUAGUGUUCAAGUCCUUCUUUAUUUUUUCUAUCUUUUGGGUAUUUUUUAUUUAUGGUUUUUGAUUCAUUUUUCUUUGAUAGAUCUGCAUUUCUUUAACUUUUGAUUUGAUUUCUUGUGGGUUUUGGGUUUUAGGUUUGAAUGUUAAUUGGUUCCAGAAGCAACCAAAUGGGAAUGACGAGGUAAUUCAUGUUUUUGAAAAUGUUGUUCUUUUUAAUAAAUAUUUGGUUAUUUGUGAAUUAAGCUGCAAAUUUUUGUUUGAAUUCUGUCAUAGUUUUAAUGGGUUUUGUGGGAUUUGAUUCCUUUUUCACUUGUUUGUGGGUAAUUUAUGAACAAGACUCGAAAUUUGUUUCAACCAUGGUGUAGACUUUGAUGGGUUUUGUGAAUUUUAGAUUGUCGUUGCUAAUUAUUGCUUUGUUUAUUUUUAUCAAAUUAGGCCUCAAAUUUGUUAUGAUAUUCUGGGGAGGUUAAUGGGUUUUUUUGGUUUUGAGUCAUGCAUGUGAUUUUAUGAGAUUGGACUAAUGGAGUAGUAUGUUUUAUUGUAUCUGUGAAAUUGCUUGAAAGAAGGUCUUUUUGAGGUAUAUGUUCUUGCCCUAUAGAGGAUACCACAUGUUUGUGUGACUUCUUAUGUCUGUACGUGUCUGUAUGUGUACGUAUUUGCACAAAGGCUUUGAAUUUUGGGUUCAGUAGUCUGGUUUGUUGAUAAUCAGAUUAUGGAUCACUAUGUUUCUAUACUUGUGUGCAAAUGUGCAUAGAAUUUGCCUCUUUAAAAUAUUGGACAAAUUCCUUGGGCUUUUGGAAAUUGUUUUUGAUCUGACUAAUAAGAAAUAAUAUCAUGGCUAAUGAUGUUUUACAAUGAUUUUUAUUUAUUUAUGUUAUCAUCUCUGCUAAUGAAGGGUGUCAAUAUCCAGUUUCUCUGAUGUCAAAAAUGCAUUUUAAAGGUAAAAAUAAUGCAAAAUAGCCCUGUAACAUCAAGAGAAGGGGUGCCUCCUCACAAACAGGGUUGCAGUGACUAGGCCUGGGUGACUCUUUACCAAAAACCCAAGUCUCUGCAAAAUCAUAAAACCAUGUAUGGGGUGACCCUUGUAAAGUCGGUUACUCCACCAAUGCUAGAUUGGUCCAAAUCUAAGGUAGAGCAUCAUUAAAAUUACAGAUAGGAUGAUAUGUCAUUUUCUUCAUUAGCCUCCAAAGCCUUCCCUUUUUUUUUAGAUUUAACCUUUUGGAUCCUGGUUUCAGACCUGAUACCUAUCUCAAAUACUUCCCAAUUACCAAUAUUGAGUACUUACAGUACAACAAAUGUUAGCACCAUAGAACCUUGGGAGGAGGAUGUCAUAGUGGUAGGAACAUGUUACUUGCUGUAUCAUUAUUGAAUAUGGAGAACAUUCCAUCUUACAGCAAAGGAUGAUGUGAUUUACAUUUUCUUCUAUCAUUUGCUGUAGCGAUAAAUGUUAGCAUAUCAUUUAAGUUGACUUCUUUUUUGUAGCAGCUUUCUAGAUUGUGGAAUUCACAGGUAUGCUUUAGAUGACCAUACUAUCUAAGCAAAAUUACUGUAAAGUGUUAGGAACACAUUCUUUGAUAAGAUUCAAAGGCAGAAGACAAUUGCAUUUACAAUAACACAUUCUUUGAUAAGAUUCAAAGGCAGGAGACAUAUGCAUUUACAAUAUAUUUGGAUGGGAGAGUGGAGAGGGGAGUAGAGGGGAAUGGGCCUAGGUUUUACAUUCCCCCUUGUUUUGAUGUUUUUUGAAAGGGAGGGGGAAAGGAUUUGAGGGGGGUUGAAGGGGCUUCCUCAUCCCUCCAAACCCUUUUUUCAAUUUCUUUAAAUUGGGGGAAUUUUGAGGGUGAUGGAUUCUAGUGUUUAGAAUUGAUUUUCUUUUGAGUAUUUGGGUUAAUCUCCAUAUUUAUAUUGACAUUGUUUUUGUGGGUUUGGUUUUUGGGAUGAAAUUUCUAAUAAUUAUUUUAUAUUGUAUAUGGCAGAUGAAACAUCACUAUUUUUUGGGAAAAAAAAAUCAAAACUGCAGCCUCAUUUCCUGAUUUUGCCUAGUGAGAUCUUCGACCGUAGCCACUAGAGCUUGGACUUGCUGAAUCAACACAGUUAUGUCCUGAUUAUGCUCCAUCUGGAUAUAUAGAAGUUGAUAGGAACUACGUUUUCGAAUUGGAGCACGAAAAUGUCACGCUCCCCACUAACGACGCCAAACUGAUGAAGCAUGAGUUCGUCAGUCAUAGUGAAUUCAUCCAGAUGGAGCCAGAUGUUCGCCUGUGUCACAAUGGAAGUAACAAUCCCUUAAGAUGGUCACCAAUGUGGUGCCUGCCACAACGCCUCCAAUGCCAAAGUUAGUAUAAGGAGUUUAUGAUAAUAGAAUGUAAGAAUAACUAGGUAUGUUUUGUAAGUUUGUAUGUACCUUCUGUUGGAGGUUUUGAGGGCUAUAUAUACAUAUUCUUAUUGCUUCUAGCCGUUGGGGCUA